AUGCAGAUAUCAGAUUGGUUGACCAUAAGAGAAAGAAUUUACCCGCUGACACGUGAGGUUUCCUCCCUGUACUCUUUCAAGUAUGUCGAAGACUCACACCGCCGGGGAAAGCUACAGAAUCUAGAUGAUUAUAGAGCUGGGCCUUCUGAAGCACGCCCCGUAGGGGCUACCAACAUUCCCACCAGAGGCCACAAGAUCCCCUAUACUCUUGAAGAUGACCAGUUGCUCUGGGAUUGGAUGCAACCCCACGAGAGAAACCCUAAGGCUUCCAUUAGAGGAAAUAAGAUCUAUCAAGAGCUAGCCGAGAAGCAUCCAAGGCACACGUAUCAAUCAUAUCGGGAUCGGUACCUCAAAAGGCUCAAGGGGCAUCCACGCCCUGGUGGCAUGCCAGAAUCAACAGAACAACCUGCACCUGCUGAGCCCUCCAAUGUAGCUACUCGCGCAGUCCAGUCUGAGCCUCGAGGAGGAAUUACACCAAGGGCUGCAUCUACUGCCAUCCAAACAAAUGACAAGAAGAGGAAACGGGCUUCUGAGGAUACUCCUGAGGAAGGAAAUGUAGACAAUCCCAACAAGCCCAGUCUGAAGAAACGAGCUACCGAAGUCAAUAUCAACCUUCCAGACCCUUUCAUCUCCGAACCUCAAACAAAAGUGGCUGCAGUAUCACAUUCAGCGACAGCAUCCAACGGCCAGAGACCAACUCUUGGGGCAACGGAGGCGAGAGAACGUGGGGCCACUCAGGAAUCAAAGGCCCCAGCUAAGGAGCCACACCAGCCUUCACAGCCAGACCCUUUGUUUCUAGAGCUCCCAUUCUUGCCUUCGGAUGAUGAUCCUGAAGACGAAGAUAUGGAGCAGGAUAUCGAUGCAUGGAUCGAUGAACGACUUCAUACUGGAAAGGCUCAGCAUGAGGAACAAAUACACCAAGCACUGCGGUGCACCAGCAUGGAUCCAGAAUUAGCUGACAGGGUCCUGGCUAUCCUAGUAGAAGGGAAACCUAUACCGGAUGAUAUGCCCGGUGUUUGGACACCUGAAGAUGACAAAUGCAUAGAAGGAAAUGAGACUCGAGGCAUCCAACGAGUCAUGGAGAAGCAUGGGACGGAGGCCUUCAACAAUCGCUGGGAGUACCUCAGCAUGGUCAGAGAGGCCGGUCUUCUGGAUACCCUAUGA